AAGUCAACUUUCUCCAUUAUUGAGAAAACAUGGUGUGUGGUGACUCCAGAGAAGGCCAAGCAACACGGCACAGACAGGCCAGAGUGUGGCGCUAAACCGUUUGGAGGAGUAAAGUUUUCCAUAAGUCGAGCUGUAGUGUAUCCUCCAGUCUGUUGGCGUGGUAGCCUACCCGUUCAAAGCAAUCGCCUGGUCUUGUGUGAGUAGGCAAUGUGGCUUCAAAUAUAACAGAAAUGGCAACAAAAAAGAGAAGCGAGAGGAAGAGAAAAGCUGAUCCUGACACCGAGCCAGGUGAUGAAGUCGGUGGAGGUGAGAAGCACCGACCAGUCAAUGAAAAGACUCAUGGAAAGGGAAAGGACAAGUACAUUGGAGCACACGUGUCCAUAGCAGGAGGAAUAUGGAAAGCCGUGGAGUCCAGUGUGGAAAUGAAGGGUCGGAGUUUCGCCCUGUUCCUGGGCUCUCAGCGUUCCUGGCAGAGGCCUGCCCUAGACGGCGCUGCCGCAGUCAAAUUUCAGGAGGCCUGCAAGUCCCACGGCUUCAAUCCCAACCACAUCCUCCCACACGGGUCCUAUUUGAUGAACUGCGGCUCGCCCAAGCAAGGUGCCAGGCCAUGCAUGCACAACACAUGUUGAAUUUGUUUUUUGUUUCCCCAUCUCUCAUAUCACGAUACAGUCAUUGCCAAUCUCAAAUCUUGGUCUGGCUCUAUUGCUCUUGCAUGCUCACACGUACGCACGGCACGCGCGCACACACGCAUACACACGCACACGCAUACAUACGUACACACCUGAUAUGUUUUUUGUUUGCUCUACUUGGCUGUUUUACUGAAAAUGUGUAUGCGUCGUACAGUAUACACAUAAAUGAACAGAGUAGCACCUCAGCCGAGUCAGAUUUUAUGUUUACCCAGGCCAGUAUCUGUUGACAUGAAUAUCAAGUACAGGUUCACUGGUUCAAAAAUGCAAACUGAACAUGAGUAAGCAAUGGAUUGGUACUGUGUGUGCCAGCUUCACAUUCGGUGGGAGUCACGGCCUGUUUUGUGAAAAUAUGAUGAUAGUCAUUUAUCAUUUAUUAGUGUGCUAUAUUUUUUACUGUAAUGUACAAUUAUCUGUAUAAGGUCUGUGUGUAAGUUUUGUAUUUGUGGAU